AUGUCUAUUUAAAUAAUUCGAAAUAGCUAAUCGAAAUAAUAUCAAAAGGAUAAUGAAGAAGGUGAAUUUUAAAUUAAUAUUUCAAAUAUAAAUCAAUUCAGAGAAAUAUUAUAUAAGUUACAAGAUAACAAUCUUUUACAAGUAGAGAUAUUGAAAAAAACACAUUUUAAAUUUUGUAUUCGUAUUGUUUAAAUUUAAACUUGUAUUAAGAAGAUUGAUGUUAAAAAAUGUUUAGUUUGCUUUUUAUAAAAUAGUUUAUGA